CCGCGUCUGCGCUGAGGUUGCCCGCAGACUCUUUCCGCUCCGACUUCACAAGACACCGUGGAAGGAGCGCGUCUGCAGCCGCGGGGCCCGAGGAGGCGCGACACCGCCGCCGGCCUGGGAGCAGAGGCUCCGCCGCCGCGCGCCAGGACCUCGGCUCGCUCAGACUGCGCGGGAACGGCGGUCGUCACAGAUUUGUUUAAAUAAUGGACAAACCCGCUUCCUGCUGAUGCGCCUGGGAGGCAGCAGAUAAUGGCUCAAGUACUUGGGUCUCUGCCACCCACAUAGGAGAUGCAGAUGGAGUUCCAGAUUCCUGGCUUCAGAAAGGUUCUACCCUGGCUCUUGUGAGCAUUGGGGAAGUGAACCACCAGAUGAAAGGACCUCCAGCACAUACUGGCUACCCAGGGCCCCAGGUUGGCUAUCCAGGGCCCCAGGCUGGCUAUCCAGGGCCCCAGGAUGGAUAUCCAGGACCCCAGGCCGGCUACCCAGGGCCCCAGGUUGGCUAUCCAGGGCCCCCGGAUGGAUAUCCAGGACCCCAGGCCGGCUACCCAGGGCCCCAGGCUGGCUAUCCAGCACCCCAGGAUAGCUACCUAGGACCCCAGGCCAGCUACCCAGCCCCACCGGUUGCCAGUCCAGGUAGCUUUCCUGUCCAGAAUCAGCCAGGACAUACUCAGCCUGGUGGCCCUGCAGGAAUACCAUGGAUGCCAGCUCCACUAGUUCCAUUGAACUGCCCACCUGGAUUAGAAUAUUUGACUCAGAUUGAUCAGCUAUUGAUUCAUCAACAAGUUGAACUACUAGAAGUCUUAACAGGUUUUGAAACUCAAAACAAAUAUGAAAUUAGGAACAGCCUUGGACAGAGGGUUUUCCUAGCAGUGGAAGAUACUGAUUGCUGUACCCGAAAUUGCUGUGGGGCAUCUAGACCUUUCACAUUGAGGAUUCUUGAUAACACGGGCCGAGAAGUGAUCACCCUGGAGCGACCACUGAGAUGCACCAGUUGCUGUUUCCCCUGCUGCCUUCAGAAGAUAGAAGUUCAAGCUCCUCCUGGUGUCCCAAUUGGUUAUGUAACUCAGACCUGGCACCCCUGUCUGCCCAAGUUUACAAUUCAAAAUGAGAAGAAAGAGGAUGUGCUAAAAAUUUCUGGUCCAUGUAUUGUGUGUAGCUGUUUUGGAGAUAUUGAUUUUGAGAUUAAAUCUCUAGAUGAACAAAGCAUGGUUGGCAAGAUUUCUAAGCAGUGGACUGGGCUUUUGAAAGAGGCAUUUACAGACGCUGAUAACUUUGGGAUCCAGUUCCCUUUAGACCUUGAUGUGAAAAUGAAAGCUGUGAUGCUUGGCGCUUGUUUCCUCAUUGACUUCAUGUUUUUUGAGAAAGCUGGAGGCCAGGAUCAAAAAGCAGGAGUGUGGUAGUGGAUUAAUGAAAGUCUCCUCAGAAAAUGUGAAAUCUGUGUAUUGAUUGAGAUGAUCUACAAAGUUAACAGUUUUUUUCCUUUGUGACGUGUGACUGAAUUAAGCUGUGAUGCCUGUAGUUCCGUUAUGUGAUUUUUGCUUUUCAGAUUAUAGAGUUUAUUUUCUGUAUAUCUCGCUUAUAAAUUUUUUUAUAUAUCUUAGCAACAUUUGCUAUGAAUUUAUGAGAAAGGACAUUUUUACAUAUAAAAUUGAAACCUUAUGAAAAGCUGCUUUAGGCUAUAAAAUCUGAUUUGUUUUCCAUUUUUAUAACAAUUUAAAGCCUUAUUAAAGUAAUACUAACAAAGAAUUUUAAAUUAUUCCAUUAAAUAUAGUUAUAGUUUUUUCACCUCACAAGUUAAUAUUAUUUUGCAAAUAGUAUAUAUUCAAAAAGUUUAAAAAAUAGCAGUUUCUAUUGAAAUAAUACUCAAUACCCACAUUACCAAGGAAAAGUUAAAUUUAUUUUUUGAUCUUAAGGAAAUUGCACUAUAUUUUACUUUUCCUAUAAGCUAAUCCAUUAUGUAAAAAAAAAAUGUUUAUAGGGGCCAGUUUUGUGGCAUUACAGGUUAAGUCUCCACCUGCGAUUCUGGCAUCCCAUGUGGGUGCGAGUUAGCAUUCCAGCUGCUCUGCUUCUGAUCCAGCUCCAAGCUAAUGUGCUUGGAAAAACAGCCAAGGAUGACCCAAGCCCUUGGACCCCUGCACCCAUGUGGGAGACCCAGAUAAAGUUUCUUGCUCUUGGCUUUGGCCUGGCCCAGCUCUGGCUAUUGCAGCCAUUUAGGGAGUCAACCAGUGGAUGGAAGAUCUCUCUCUCUCUCACUCUCAAUCUCUGUAACUCUGACUUUCAAAUAAAUAAAGUUUAUGUUGACAGGAUAUUAAAUUGCCAAUUUUAUAUUGUUUUCUGUGAACAAAUAAGCAUGUGAUACGUUCCAAAAGAUAGACAGAAACAUUUGAAGAGUCACUCACUCUAAUGUUGGGUAUUUUGUAAUUUCUGAACUUAUAAUUUUUACUGACAAAUAUUUUUUACUGACAAAUAUUUAGCUUCUGUAUUCUAUCAUUCCCAAAACAUAAUAAUUGUAAUAUUAUUCAGAUAUUAAUUAAAUGAAACAAAUAUAUUUCGUAACAGAGUGUAAGUUUCAAAAGUAAUCUACCAGGUUAUUUGUGAUAAUAAUCAAAUAUCUGAAAUAAAAAACAUACUGCUAUAUUUUUGCAUAUUUCAUUUUCAUUUUUAAACAAAUAUAGUCAUUCCAGGAUGUAUUUUGAGCACUCAUUCAGUUAAAUGAGGACACAUUUUACUUUCCUUCUCAUUCAAAUUUCCUUUAAAAAAAAAGGCAUUAUAAUACCUUGUAGUGAAACUUGUACCAGUGUUGGAAACUAGGAUGUCUUCCUUUGGAAACUAAAAGGAAUGUUAUAAUCGGUUUUAUAGGGAAGAAUGAAUAGAGGAGGUGAACAACCCACAGUUUGCCUCAUAAAAGGAAAAGGCGUGCUUAUCCCUGCACCCCAUGGGAGACCAGGAUAAAUACCUGGCUCCUGCCAUCGGAUCAGCGCGGUGCGCCGGCCGCAACGCGCCAGCCGCGGCGGCCAUUGGAGGGUGAACCAACGGCAAAGGAAGAUCUUUCUCUCUGUCUCUCUCUCUCACUGUCCACUCUGCCUGUCAAAAAAAAAAAAAAAAAAAAAAGAAAUCAGAUCAGGGACAAGACUCCCUUCCAUCUUAAGAACUCCACUGACAGCUUGUCUCCUCAUCCCAAGUGUUCAUGGCAGUAAACCUCUACCAGUCACCAUAGCUUCAAGUGGUAAAUGAUGAGAGUAUUGAUAUAGAAGAUGAACUACAGCAAGUGUGGACUUUCCAACACCUAUGUAAUCUACCAGAUGCCAGAUCCCAAAAAUAAGAUGGAGUCAUAGUACUCAUCUAGCUUAUGUGGAUAAUAGGCAGCAUGGCCAAUGAAGAGGAGGUGUCCCGGUGUCCUCAGUUAUGCCAGUUAGAGAAGGGAUGGGCUUUUCAAGUGUAAGGCGCUCAAGCCAUCUUAGGUGAGGCUCUGUUAAAACUGUCCCAAGUUAUGGGAUAUGAUUCCAUGCACUAGCUCUUUUUUUUUUUUUUUUUUAAAUUUUUGAGGCAGAGUGGACAGUGAGAGAGAGAGACAGAGAGAGAAAGGUCUUUCUUUGCCGUUGGUUCACCCUCCAAUGGCCGCCGCUGCAGCCGGCGCACCGCGCUGAUCCGAUGGCAGGAGCCAGGAGCCAGGUGCUUUUCCUGGUCUCCCAUGGGGUGCAGGGCCCAAGCACCUGGGCCAUCCUCCACUGCACUCCCUGGCCAUAGCAGAGAGCUGGCCUGGAAGAGGGGCAACCGGGACAGAAUCCGGCGUCCUGACCGGGACUAGAACCCGGUGUGCCGGCGCCGCAAGGUGGAGGAUUAGCCUAUUGAGCCACGGCGCCGGCUUAUGCACUAGCUCUUAAAUUUAAGGUUUUAUUUCUGAAUUUUGGAAUGACCAAAGAUACACAGCUUUUGUGUUUGUUAAAGUAAUCUAUUAUGUUCUCUUAAUUUCUGUUAAGUUCUGAUAGUUUAAAACAGCUGAAUUCUUAAUAAGAGUCAUGGUUUGCUUAAAUAUAUGCUUAUUCUAAAACAUUUGAGUAAUCAUCUUGUAACAAAUGAUCAAAUCUGGUCUAUAUUAUGUCAUGCUGUUAAGGGAGCCUAUUUCUACAAGAUAUUUUAAACUUUCUUGGCAUCCUUGACUGGCAUUCUAAGAAAAAAAAAUCAAAGUUCCAAAUUAUUUGGUCUUUGAUAUUUCUAGUUGGGACUCUGGAAAUACCAAAAGCUGUAUGUCUCUCAUCUUGUAGAGAUAUCAACUAAUCAGGCUGUUUGGAUUAUAUUGCAAGUACUGUCAAGAUGAGAAGUUGUGCUAUAUUUUAAGAUAUGAUAAUGUAAAAUGCUAUUGAUACAAAUGUCCAAAAGUUAAAAAUCUAAUGGUCUUGUGUUACCAGACAUGAUGGUUAUUAUAAUGAGAAAGACCUAGAGGCCUAAAAGGGAUAAAUAUUUUGUAAAAUCCUACCAUAGACUUCUAGUUUAGUUCAUCAAAGAUUAGAGAUGGGACUUGAGUAUCCCCUUGACUUGCAUCCUCUAAAGGGUUUCCUCUGGUCUGCUUUAACAGAAACCAGGGGAAAGAGAAGGCUGGGAAGCACAAGCAAAAUUAAAGAUAGGUGUCAGGCCAAUUAAUGGCUGCUCUACACAGUGAUUUGUCAUUAAGGAGAUCCAACAGGCUAGUCCACUGCAUUGGUUUAUAUGAAAAGCCAGGGCUUCAGCAGAAGUCAGCUUAUGAAGAGUCCUGGAAACUCUGCCAGCCAAGAGUUGGUUCACUGGAAAUGGAAUUGCCCUGGAGUCAAAGGACACUCAGGUCAGAGCCACAGACAUUGCUGGUUCUAAGCUGAAAAGCACUUUGCUCUGCCCAGAUUCCAAAAUAACCACCACUGCUGAGGUGAUGGCCAAGUAGGGUCAGCAACAUUGCAGGCAGAACUGUAAAUUUCCUGCAAGAGAUGCCACCUGCCUUUACCUGGCCAGCUCUCCUCCCAGGCCAGCUAGGUAAUGGAAGUCAACAGAGUGCCUUCCUCGAGGAGGUUUAUACCUCCCUUAUGAUGCACCUCAUGUAAAGAGAUAAAUAGGGCUGGGCCUCAUGACUGACAAUGCCUUAAAACCCACCUGAUCAUUAUCAAGCCCCUGCUGCCAGUUUCUAUUUGCCUCUCCAUCAGAAAACUUAUUCAUGGUUUAGACAGCACCUUUCUUAGGUCCUCUAAUAAUGACUCUCUCUGUCCUUUGUUCUAGACUCUGGCCCACUUGGGGUCUCAUUCCUUUGUAACCAUAACCUCUACUUUUACAUCAGUGGCUCUAUUCUUGACCCAUGUAUAUUGGUGGUCCACCCCCCCCCCCCACUUAACACUGUAUGAUUGUCAAGAAUUUCUCUACAAACCCCCCUAUGCACAAGAGAUGAGCGACCUUUCUCUCAGUUUUGGUUGGGAUCAGCUUUGCAGCCUCCCUCUCUUCAGUAGUGAUCCCAGGAACAGUUUUGGGCCACAACGUUAUCUCGACCAACUGACUCCAAAAAUAACUCCAACAGUUACAAGAGGUCACUAGGUCCAUUGAGACCCCAGCUGAUGCCAUCUGAGGUCUCCAAAGCCAAACCACCUCACUAGCAGUGAUUACAGGAGGUGAUAAUGAAGUGAACCAAAGCCUUCACCAACCAAGUGGUCAGCCAGAUGCUACUAAAGAGAUAUAAUCAGCUUCCCACCCAGGACAUCAUGACUUUAGAUAUCACUCCACGGCAACAGAGAGUAACUCGUCACCCCAUAUUAGCAGGAAGCAGCUCUAGAAGAUAGAUCAUCAUCCUUCCACCCCUCCUGGACUUUUGGGGCCAAUGUAAUCGCAUGUAACACUAGAUUUAUGAAAACAAAAGGGAGGAAUAUUAGUAAAAUGGUAAGGUCUUAACUGUGGUACCAUCUUAGGCUCUGGUCCCAUUGCCAUGUUGUAUAAUAAGCUUCAUUCUAAGCCUAGCCUGGCUUUGGUCAGGUGACCAAAUGUCCCAAAAGCACAAGUGUCAGCUCCACCCCUACCCUAAUGGGAUUUGCUCCUCCCACUUCUUUACCUCUGCAAAGCUAUAUAAGACCUGUUCUCCCAGUAUAAGCUGCUGUUCUCUUGUGCACAGAAAGGCAGUCUGUCAGGUUUCCCCCACCUGACAAUAAACGUUUUCCCUUAAAAAAAUGGGCUACUAUAAUUUUAGAGAAAUUAGAAGGAACUCAGUUGGGCAAUACUGCCAUCAUUUGAGCAAAAUAUGAUCUAAAAUGCUUGAGCACAAUGAAUUCCUGGGAAAGGGCAGAAGUGUGCGUAGUUUCCCUCCAUAUCCUGCCCAAUACCUGCCUUGACCUUCCUCCCCAUGCAUUGAUGCCUAUCCCCCGAGAAUAUUCCUGCACACAGCCCUAUUUGUUUCAAGCUGUGUCUCUAUGUGUCUCUUUCUUUUUUUUUUUUUUUUUUUUUGACAGGCAGAGUGGACAGUGAGAGAGAGAGACAGAGAGAAAGGUCUUCCUUUGCCGUUGGUUCACCCUCCAAUGGCCGCCGCGGCCGGCGCGCUGCGGCCGGCGCACCGCGCUGAUCCGAUGGCAGGAGCCAGGAGUCAGGUGCUUUUCCUGGUCUCCCAUGGGGUGCAGGGCCCAAGCACCUGGGCCAUCCUCCACUGCACUCCCUGGCCACAGCAGAGGGCUGGCCUGGAAGAGGGGCAACCGGGACAGAAUCCGGCGCCCCGACCGGGACUAGAACCCGGUGUGCCGGCGCCGCUAGGCGGAGGAUUAGCCUAGUGAGCCGCGGCGCCGGCCUAUGUGUCUCUUUCAAGCUCUGGUCAUGCAGUACACAGUAGACCAGGAUAAAAAGUAAAAAGGAUUACAUGUUGAUAGUCAUCAAGGAAAUUCCAAAAGACAGGGAAGUAGUUCAAUCCAAUGCAGAAAAUUGGGGCUGGUUUUCAGUAUUGUGACUUUGAUUGACAUGUGAAAUUCAUCAUGAACUCUAAGAUGAAUAGUCCUCUUAGGAGAAAGAGGAAAUCUUGACAUAAGAUGGCCAACUGAGAGAUGAAUUAUAUCUCACUGAAGGAUGGAUAGCCACCUGGGCACAGUGGUAUUGACUUUCCUUUGUUAGCCUUAUGGCUUCAAAAUGUGGCAACCCUUGGGAGAGGGGGAGCAAAAAAGCCUAGGUACUGAAGAGUUAAAAUUGUAUAUGUGCGGGUGUAAAAAGUUAAGCUUAAGCUUACAGGUUUAAACCUUGCUGGUACAGCUGUAAAAAAAUAAGACAGAGUAGCACCUUGGCAGUAGGGACUCCAUUUUGGAGCACUUGAGACUGCAUUCUGGGAAAGCACCCCCCCACCGUGAGACUCUGGUCUGAAACUAUGAUCUCAAAUAGUCGGACAAUAGCAGUGCACUACAUCACCCUUGGCAACGCACAAAAACCCCCUAGCAUGAUUGCUCAAGCUUAAAAGUAGAAAGGUUGCACCUGGGUUACCUGGGCUAAUAAUAAAGAUGUGAUUUGUCUGUGUCUUGCAUUAAUGUCAAGUCCUAAUUGCUAAUUGUAAUAUUGUAACUGGUAUUGUCAAGAUUAUGAUAAAUAUUAAUUUCACUUAGGUUUUAGGUUAUGUUGACCCCAGUAACCAUAUACUCUCUUUUGAUUUUAGCAACUGUGUAUAGCAACCGUGCAUAGCAAUCAUGUAUUCCCCCCUUCCCGGUUUUGCGGUUUUUGCCUUUAUAAACCCUAACCUUUGGUUAUUCGGGGCUGCUCUGUUCAUGUAUGGUCAGACAGCCCCAGCAUGCUGGAUAAUCAAUAAAGCUUCCCCUUGCUGUUUGCAUAAG